CAUCAUUGUCAAAAAGGCAUGUACGUGUGUGCAUUAAUGAUGUUAAUUAACAAUGCAGAAUCUCGAAGUGGUUGCAUUUGUAGUGGACUUCAGAGCUACUCUGUACCAACUUUAAGCCAAAGAAGCACACCGCACCAACUUUAAGUUAAGAAAGCUCCCUAUUUUAUCAAUCAUAUAUUCAUAUAUUCAUAUUCAUAUUUCAUCAUAUAUUCAUAUUUUGCUAUUUGUUAUUUUAUCACACCCAGAGAAUUUAUUUUAUUAUUAUUUUACCAGAGAACUAACAGGAAAUAAUCAUUAAUCAUCAGAGCGUCGAAACGCCUUAUAUAUUAUACCGCGGUGUGGAGCUGUGAUUAGGCGAUCGUAGUGUCGCUCCUAUUAAGUAUUGUGAUUUGCGUUUUAACACAAAAGGGAAAGAAAAACAUAAAUUUAAUAUGGCAUUAAACUAGUGAGGUUAAUGAUUCAAAGUUUAGAAAGAUGUUUAUGGUAUAAGGAUCACUUUUCGAGUAGACAAUUUUGUAGGCAUCUUUCGAAUUGAAUGAUUUCGAUCAUUGACAGCGUAGAACGUCAUGACAUCGACCAGUAAAAGUACAAAAGAGGUUCUAUUAUCUAUCGUCGAUGACAUCGAGUUGAUAGCGAAAGAAAUGAUAGAAAAUACGAUAGUUCAAAAACCAUUGAAACUGUCAAACGAAGAACACUCUCAACUAACGGAAUUGUUAAUCGCUAAGGACAACGAAUUGAAAGCAAUUCUAAAACGAGCGGCCGAGCAAGCAAAAAUUAACCUGAAAAUGGAAGCUUUAAAAGCUGAAGUUGAGAGACAAGACCAAGAUAUUCAACAAUUGCAGCGACAAUUGAAAGAGGCAGAACAAAUUUUAGCCACUGCAAUUUAUCAAGCUAAACAAAAAUUACAAUCCAUUGCCCGCGCUAAUAAGAGACCUGUACCAUCUGAAGAAUUAAUUAAAUAUGCACAUAGAAUAAGUGCGUCAAAUGCUAUAUGUGCUCCACUUACCUGGCAACAAGGGGACCCUAGGAGACCUUAUCCUACUGAUAUUGAAAUGAGAUUAGGUUAUCUUGGAAGGUUAAGUGAUCUUCCUUUAAAUGGACAGAUGCCAGGUACUCAUCCUGGAAUAUCAUCAGAUCUGCAUAGACCUGGACAUCCAGUAGGUGAGCCACCUAUAUCACAAGCUAAUCAAUUUGCAUGGCAUUCGUCGGGUGAAAUUCACAUGUCUGUGAGUGGACAGGGAAGCGUUGCCAUGAAUACCCAUAAGCAGGAAACAGAAGAUGUUGAAGUUAUGUCCACAGACUCUUCAAGUAGCUCAUCUAGUGAUUCUCAGUGAAUAUUGAUUUUUUGUAGAGUUUUAGUAAAUUUCGCUUAACGGUU